AUGGCCAUGCCACACGAGUGGCACGCGGGCGAGCUGUACAUCCAGUCGCAGCUCGGGCACAAGGAUGCCGUCGCGGGCGCGCACCCGACCUUCAAGCCGCAGCUGACCGUUCAGCACCAGCAGUUCCACGCGCAGCUCAACAUCCUCCCCGUCUGCACGCUCGACGCGCGCGGUCGACCGUGGGGAUCGUUCUUCGCAGCCAAAGAUGGCCAGCACGGCUUCAUCUCCUCGCCCUCCUUGACCACGCUCAUUGCAAGCCAGAUGAAGCUGCACGAGCACCAUCCGGUGGAGAUGGCAUUGACCGAGGGCGCAAAGUUCGGCAUGACAAAGCUCGUCACCAACGACGAUGGCGACUACCAGGGCCCGGCGCUCAAACUCAUCGCCGGCGUUGGUGUCAUGUUUGAGAACAGGCGCAGGAACAAGCUCGCAGGAUUCAUCAAUGAGCGCAACACAGGGUCCAAAGAGGACCGCACGAUCCAGGUCGAAGUCAUGGAGAGCCUGGGUAACUGCCCCAAGUACAUCAACACCCGCAGCCUGGUGCCCAACCCGAACCACAACCCCACGAUGCUCCACAGGAAUCUGGACCUUGUGCCUGGCCAGCUGCUUCCCGAGGAGACGCUGAAGCACGUUGCUCAGGCGGACGCAGUGUUUCUCGCGACGCGCUACACGAGUCCCGUGCAGACCAUCUUCAAGUCGCAUCUGGGCAUCAACAUUCGUGGCGGCAAGCCGGGCUUUGUUCGCAUCACCGCCGAAAAGGUCACGCGCCGUAGCGGAGAGACCGAGCUGCGCCAGGUGGCGUACCUGCCGGACUACUCGGGCAACCGCUUCAUGAGCUCGCUCGGCAAUGUGCACUCGGACAAGGUCGCCGGGAUCACCAUCCCGCUCAUGCGCAAAGGUCAGCCCAUCGACGUCGUCUACCUCACCGGCGAUGCAGAAGUGCUGAUUGGAGAGCGGUCCACGUCCAUCUUCCCUGGUGUCCGAACGUGUGUUCGCAUCGAGCUGACCGGGUUUAUGCACGUGCAAGACGCUGUGCCGCUGAUGCCGGGCGAGUUCGACCCUUCGCAGGGCGUCGAAGACUUUGAGCCCAAAGGCGACGACGGCAUCGGAUGGAGUCCGUACAAUCCGCCCAUACGUCGGCUUCGAUCCGAGUUGACAUCUGCACCCGACGCCGACUCCGACCAGCAAUCAGCCGGGAACCAAGCGAACAUAGUCGCGUUCGAGCAACAUACUCCGGACCUCGCUACGAUCACCUUCAGGCUAUCGCAGCCGGUCAGGUACCGCGCCGGGCAGCACAUCAUCCUCGACUGUGGCUCGCUGCUUGAUGCCGAGGUGAAGGAGUACAAGCACAUGUCGGACAAAUAUGGGGGAGAGCAAGAGCUCAACGACACGGGCAUGCGGACGUGGACCAUCAGCUCGGCACCGUCGUCUCCGGGUAGCCCGCAGGACACGGUGAGCGUCACGAUGCGUAAGAUCGACAGAGGAUUGGUCACGCCCAAGAUGCUCGCAGUCGCAAAGCAGGUAAGCGCGGGCGAGACGGUUGGAGAGCUGCCUGUGCUCGGACUUGGCGGCGACUUUGUUCUUCCGACGCAGCUCGAAGCGCAGACCAAGCUUUUGUGGAUCGCAUCGGGAGUGGGCAUCACACCUUUCCUCUCGUUCCUUGCAUCGCUGCGCGCUUCGACCGAGAGCGUCCGCAUUGACGUGACUAUGAUCCUCGCCAUGCGCAGGGCAGAAGCUGCCGCCAUGCUCGGCCUGGUUCGCCAAGCGGUGGAAUCGAACUCUUCGUCCUUGAAUGGGACGCUGAGCCUGCACGUCGUCUCCGCUGGCGUGCAAGACUUGGAUCUCGGUGCUGGCACGACAAUCGGCGGCUUACAAGUUGGCGUCACAAAGCACAGCCAGCGACUUGAUCCCGAGCUCUUGCUGUCCAUCAGCAGCACCGAGUCCGAGAGUGCGGGCAAACCGGAAGCAUGGGUGUGCGGUCCUGCGUCGCUCGAGACUGUGGUGAUGCAGACGUUGCAAGACGCAGGCUGGCCCGCUGAAAAGCUGCAUCGCGAGUCGUUCUCCUUCUAG